AAGAACAUGUCUGGGAGCACGAGCCAACACCAGUCUCAUCCAAUGGAAAAAUAACGAUCUUCUACGACAAAGAGAUCCCAGCAGGAAGACACAUAGAAGCUAAGCUAAGCUAUGCUAAGAUGCUGUGCAUAGACCAUGCGCUAUUUAAGUAAUUCACAUAUUGGAGAUUGAUAAACUGUAUAUUGUGUUAUUGGUGAUUAAAAAAAAAAACAAUAAUAAUGCAACAAUGCAUAUUUGGGAUGCUAAAGUAGACUACCAGUCCUUUUAAUUGCAUUUUUGUUUAAAAAAACAGACACACACAAACAUUUAAUUAAAAUAUCCAAUUGUGUAUAAAAUGCAUUUAAAUUAUAUUUCAGUAAUUAACAAUGUACUAAUGCAUCAUUUUGAAACUAAAGUUGUCAACCUACUAACCCACUGAUUGCAUGCUUUCUGUAGUACUUGAGCAGCAGCAAAGUCCAAUUGAAAGCAGACCUACAGAUGAAGCUGAAGUUAGGGAAGGGACAAGCACUUCUGAGCGUGGUGAGCCAGAUGUUGAGAGAAGGGACAGUGAACAGGAGACAGAGGCCAAAGAGACCACAGAAGCUCAUCAGGGACAGGAAGAGUCAAAUGUAGAUGAGACGGAGCCUUUUGAUUAUUUUGUUCGCCCUCAAUCCAAGGAUUUUGUCAUGUUUUUCCUUUUCCAUCCACAGCAAUCAACUAAAGAGCCCCUACUAGCCAAAGUUUUUCACAAGCAUGGAACAAACAGAAAAUGGCUAACUUACUCAGAGAAAUCCAAAUCGCUGUACUGCUCUGUAUGUCUGGCAUAUGCCCCUCCUACUAGUGAAAGUCCUUUUAUAAAGCAUGGUUUUAAAACAUGGAAACAUGUUCAUCAAAGAAUUGAGGAGCAUGAGAAAAGUAAACUCCAUAGGGACAGUGCUGACUCCUACUUUAUGUUUGCUAAAAAGGCUGAUAUAAAAAGCCUUCUUGUAGGCAAGCAAAUGUCUUUACACCAUGAGGAGGUAAAGAAGAAACACCAGGUGAUGGAUCGGAUAAUAGAUGUGAUCAAAGUUUUAGGCAAAUGUGGACUGAGUUACAGAGGACAUAGAGCAGAAGCUGCUUAUAUGCUGGAGAACAUUGAUGUGAACCAUGGCAACUUUUUAGAACUGCUCCUACUCCUAAGCCGAUAUGAUCUCUGUCUUCAGCAACAUAUCAACAGCUGCACUGAACAGAGCAAAAAACACCAUGACAGUGGGGUAAAGGGGAGAGGUUCAUUGGUCACUUUAAUGUCCAACCACACUGUUGGUAAAGUUGUUGAUUCACUCAGCAAGUUAAUUAAGGCCACUAUAGCAGAUGAGGUUAGAGAAGCAGGUAUGUUUUCUGUCCAAAUUCAUACCACUCAAGAUGUCACUUCAAAUGAUCAGUGUGCUGUAAUUUUGAGAUAUGUAACAGACACCAUACAUGAACGUUUGGUUGGUGUCAUAAACUGUGAAAAAUCCACAGGCAAGUACUUACUUGAGCUUUUAAAGGAAACUAUUCAAGCUCAACCUGGACAUCAGCAAAUGUGUGGGCAACUCCACUGAUGGAGCAGCAAGCAUGCAAGGUCCCUAUAAAGGAUUUUCCACGUUUUUGUCUGAGCAGUCCCCCACGCAGAUCGAUGUUUGGUGUUAUGCACAUAUCUUCAAUUUAGUGCUGUCAGACACUACAGGAAGUGUGGUUGAAAGUGCUUCUCUUUUUUCCUUGCUCAAUGAUAUUGCAGUUUUUCUAAGGGAGUUGUAUAAAAGAAUGCAAGUCUGAGAGGAAGUCUGUAAGGACAAGCGUCACAGAAGGCUGAUACCAAUAGGUGAAACAAGAUGGUGGGCUAAGGAUCAGGCUCUAAGCAAAGUCUUUGGCAGCUGUGGUAGUCCCCAAAAUGGACUGUAUGUUGACCUUCUGCUAACCUUAGAAAAGGUUUUGCAAGAUGUCACAAUGAAACCAACAGUGAGAGCGAAAGCAAAGGGCUUCAUUGAAACACCUUUGAAAUUUGAGAUCAUAUUAACUGCUCAAAUUUUCCUUCGUGUUUUUCAGCAUACAUCCCCACUGUCCAAAUAUUUACAAACUGAAGGGUUGGACAUUUUGUCAUCUCAGAGACUUGUUGAGGCGACACAGGAGAGUUUAAAGCAAUGUGCCAGGGAUUUUGAGUCUGUGAAAGGGGCAGCUGAUGUUUUUGUGCACUGGGCAAACAAAAAGUUUGAAGAGGAGAACUGUGACUCUGAGGUGCAAACAGAGCUUCCACAGAAGCGUAUCAGAAAAAGAAAAAGAAUGCCUGGAGAACUUGAGGAGGAUGAGCCAGUAGCCUCAUCUGAGGCUACAUUUGAGGUAAAUGUUCACAAUGUUAUCCUAGACACUGUGACGGGAAGCAUUGAAAAAAGAUUUGCUGCUAAUGGUAAACUGGCUUCAGAUUUUGCCUGCCUAGACCCUAGAAACUUUCAUCAAAUACAAAUUAAUGGACUGACAAGUGGAGCCUUCGAGCAGAUAAGCAAAUGCCUGAUUAGUUUUGACGAAAGGGCAACAGUGAGUACUUUGCAGGCUGAGUUGUGCAGUCUUGAAGAUCAAUGGGACAGGCUGAAAAAGUCUUCACUAGAGGGUUACACUGUAAGGGCAGGCACUGAGAAUGACACAGAUGGAACUGAGUUAGACACAGAGAUAGGGAGCAGGAUUUGUGCUUCUUGCAGAAACUGUGAUUUGUGUGUACUUGGUACUGAGUCAGUAUAAUUUGCUAACAGAUGCCUACCAUGUCAUUGGGCUGGCAUACAAGUUUUCAUUGACCCUCUCAAUUUCCCAGGUGGCCUGUGAAAGAAGUUUCUCCACCUUAAAAUUGAUCAAAAACAGAUUGCGGAGCACACUUCAUCAGGAGCACUUGGAGGCAUUCAUGCUGAUGUCUUCUGAGAAAACCAUCUUAAUGGCAAUUGACAAUGACAUUGUUAUAAACAAAGUUGCUGAUACCAGUGCACUUCUCAGGCGCACAUUGUUGCACUAAUUACCUGGCUGCUUGUUCAUUCAUUUGUUUGUUCAUUUACACUUAGGAUUUGUCUGUGAUGGUUGAUUUGAUUUCAUCCAUGUUUAGUUCAGUUUGUGUGUAUUACUCAAAGUAAUUUUUGAACAAAUGUUCUAUUUGUGCCAUUGUUCUGUAUAGAAUUUUUAAUAUUUUUUUCCAACAAAGCAAUAUGUAUUCAUUUAUUUUCAGUAUUUUAAGUAAAAUACAAAUAUUUAUAGUUAAACUUCUUGUAUUUUGUGUAUUUUUC